GGUAAAGCUAGCGUCCUGAACUCGAAUCAUCAUGGCGGAACAAACGUCUCGGUAGGUCUUAGCGCAAGCAACUGUUCCGCGGUCUCAGCACUCGUCUCCAAAAAAAGCAGGCCAACGUCAUUUUUGAUCUUAUCAUUCCCCUGAGUAGCAUCAUGGACGCCGCCGAGCUCUUCAGCGUGGCGCAUGACACGCUGACCCGCACGGUGCUGCGAGUGCGCGAUGGCGAGCAGCGUGCGACUACCGGAACGCUACUGAGUCCAGACGCUGCCCAGGCCGUGGUGCUGCUGUUCGCCAUGACGCUGCUGCCUGUUCUGGUCCGUGUGCGGAUUCUCUACACAUUCUGCUGGGCGGCUUUCACCGUAGUGGCACACGUUACCGAGUCGGAGGCGGCGCUAGGCAUGGCCACGUCACUGGGUCUCACCAUCAUGAUGGGAUGGUACUCGCUGCGCACGCUCGACCGCGCCACGUUCAUGGGCAUCCUGCAGGGCUGGUUCGGCCUCCUGAGCAAGUACUGGCCAUUCCGACUGCUCGCCAACUCCGUCGACCUCCUGCUACACAUGGGUGUACCUCUCACGCUCGCAUUCUGCUACCUGCCGCUCGUGCGGGUCUGGAUGACACUUCCAAUCUUAAUCUUCUCUCAACUCUGGAUCAAGCUGGUCGCUGGCGGAGACCUCUGUCUUUCUGGCAACGAUGUAUACCACAUCUACCCUCCUCGCCCCAAGGCCUUCUGGCUGGCGGUUCGGAAGAUCGAGCUGAUCUACAACUUUACCGUUCCGACGUUUUGCGUGCUCGCUUACCGAGCAGGUUUUCACGAGUUCGUCGUCAAUUGCUUGCUUAAACCGAGCUUGUAGGUUGGAGCACGCAGCCUUCGCCAUGCCAGCAGCUAGACAGCAUAAAGAAAUGAUCCAUGCAAUCUCACCUUAAACUCUGUAAUAAAGAUCCCCGCGGAGUUCAUAGGUGCUGUCUGGCAAAAUCCCUGUUCCUUCACACCCGAGGACAUCAAGGCAACCAACUCGCGCAAUCUUUUGAAGAUGGCCGCAGAAACGAUAGCUUUCGUGAUAUCCUUAGUGUUAAUACUAAAACUAAAGAGUCUUAGGAUAUCAACAGA